GGACGGUGACUUUUGCUUUGGGAAGUUUGAUCCGACUGAAGGAAACAAAGCCGAAGAAUAGAUCCGGUGUGACUCAGACGUGUGUAAAGCAGGAAGAGAUCGUUUGCUUAAGAUUUUGCUCAACCAGGAGUUCGGAGCGGAGGACGGCGAAGACGUCGCUCUUGAUCGACUGGGCUUUCGGAGACGGACGGGGGUGUGUUCGGACCUCGGCUGCGAUUGGAACGAUUGGUAUGUGUUGAUUCGGGAUUGAUUGCUCUGAGAGAAUCCUAAAAAUCAGAGCUAAAAUUCUGAUUUCUUGAAGGUUCUAAGGAGGGAUAUACCAUGGGAGACAUAUAUGGCAACAAAGCUGAUCUCAGGAACAGGCCUGCAGCUAUUGAGGCGAUAUGACAAUAAAUCUGAAAGCCAACGCGCAGCUUUGCUAGAUGAUGAUGGACCUGCUUAUGUUGGGGUGUUCGUAAAUAUUUUACGUGACAUUUCAAAGGAAGAAACAAUAGAAUAUGUGUUUGGCCUCAUCGAUGAAAUGCUUGCAGCAAAUCCUAAACGUGCGAGAUUAUUUCAUGACCGCAGUUUAUCAGGCUCAGAUACCUAUGGCCCAUUCUUAAAAUGGCUUUGGAAAGGAAAUUGGUUCAUACAGGAGAAGAGCUGCAAAACAUUGUCUCUUAUUAUGAGUGUUCGCCCCAAAUAUAAGGUUGGCAUUCUUUCAAAUGGAAAGGCAGCAAAUGAGAAAAGUAUAUUUACAAGUGCUGAUGAUGCGUUGAAGGGCCUGGUUGAAUGGCUAUGUUCUCAGCUGAAAAAUCCUUCUCAUCCCUAUCGAGCUGUUCCAACUGCCGUGAAUUGCCUUGCGACUUUGCUAAGGGAAACUUCAGUGAGAGCUUCUUUUGUACAAGCAGAUAGUGUGAAGUUGUUAGUUCCCUUGAUUACUCCAGCAACCACUCAACAAUCAAUUCAGAUUCUUUAUGAAACAUGCCUAUGUGUUUGGCUGUUGUCGUACUAUGAUGCUGCAGUUGAUUACCUGGCUACUACUAGGAUUCUUCCAAGACUGGUUGAAGUUGUCAAAGGUUCUACUAAGGAGAAGGUUGUAAGGGUUGUCAUCUUGACUUUCAGAAACUUGCUUUCGAAGGGGGCAUUUGGGGCUCAAAUGGUGGAUCUUGGAUUACUACAACUUGUCCUCAGCCUAAAAGGUCAAUCCUGGAGUGAUGAGGACUUACUGGAAGCAUUGAAUCAGCUUGAAGAAGGGCUUAAAGAUAACAUCAAAAGAUUGAGUUCCUUUGAUAAAUACAAGCAAGAAGUUCUUCUUGGUCAGCUAGACUGGUCUCCUAUGCACAAGAGUCCUGGAUUCUGGAAGGAUAAUAUUACAAAUUUUGAAGAAAAUGAUUUCCAGAUCCUACGUGUUCUUCUCACAAUCCUUGAUACAUCCAAUGAUCCCACAGCACUGGCUGUUGCCUGCUAUGAUCUGUCCCAGUUCAUUCAAUUCCACCCUGCUGGUCGCAUCAUUGUCUCAGAUCUGAAGGCGAAGGAACGUGUUAUGAAGCUAAUGAACCACGAAAAUGCUGAAGUAACAAAGAACGCGCUUCUGUGUAUCCAGAGACUGUUCCUUGGAUCUAAAUAUGCUAGUUUUUUGCAAUCUUAGGCUUAGUUUGGGAUGACUUUCUUAUUGCUUCUUAAUGCAGCUUUCUAUUAUAUAAAUUUUUAUUUUUAUACUAAAAAGCUGUUUUAAGAAUCAACAAAAAAGCCGUCCCAAAUGAAGCCUUAGUCUGUAUGUUAAUUCGCAUAAGAAAAGCUACCUGAACUUGGUGACUAAGGAGAGAUGAUUCUUGGUUACAUUUUCAUGAGGGAGCCUGUUCUAGAGAGUGAUGAUGAAUAUUUGAGGAACUAGGAAGAGAAUGCAAUGCACAUGGUACUUUCUUAUGGCAAACUCCAGGUUCUUUUUAUCUGAAGGACUAUUAUUUGUUGAAUUAUGUAAUAAGUCCUAUAUGUUUAUUUUUACCGUAGAAUUCAAGUCUUCUUGCCCGCCCUGAAUUGUUGCUGCAUAGCAUACAUGGAGCUAUAUUUCAUGAUGUAAUGUUGAUCAUCGAGUUUAUUAGCUAAAUAAAAGAGUUGGCAUGUUUUUUGUCCUAAAA